AUGUUUAGGUUGUUCCAAGCGACAUUGAAAACAUGCAUGCUCCUACGACAUCCACCAAAGCCUCUAGCGUUGUUAUUCCCUCUCUUUUCACAUUAUUCUCCUCCAACUCCUACUUAUUCUUCACUUCUCUCCCAACCCUCUCUUCAAUUCCAUCCCUUUUCCACACACCCUUAUCACCCUUUUCUAUCUACUUUACUUCUUGCUUUGAAAUCUUCAUCCUCUGUCUCCUUCUGCAGAAUCAUUCAUGCCCACGUCAUCAAGUCUCUUGAUUACCGUGAUGGAUUCAUAGGUGAUCAAUUGGUAACCCGAUACCUCAAAACGGGUGCCACCCAAGAUGCAUAUUUUCUGUUUGAUGAAAUGCCUGACAAGGAUGUUGUCUCGUGGAAUUCUUUGGUUUCUUGGUUUUCGAAAAGUGGACAGCUUGGUUACUGUUUGAGUGUGUUUUGUGAGAUGAAAUCUGAUUCAGAAUUGAAAUUGAAUGAUCUUACUUUUAUAUCUGUUAUCUCGGCUUGUGUAUAUGAGAAAGCGCGAUGCGAAGGGUACUAUGUUCAUUGUUGUGCAGUGAAGUUGGGUAUGGUGUUUGAGGUGAAGGUUGUUAAUGCUCUUAUUAAUAUGUAUGGCAAGUUUGGCUUUGUUGAAUCUUCUUUCGAUUUGUUUUGGGAAAUGCCGGAGAGUGAAAAGAGUAUGGUGUCUUGGAACUCAAUUGUUGCUGUUUGUGCCCAAAAUGGAAUGCAUAAUGAGGCUUUUCGUUGUUUUGAUAUGAUGAGGGUUAAUGGAUUUUUUCUUGAUGAAGCCACAAUGGUGAGUUUGCUUCAAGCAUGUGAAAAUUUGCCUUUGGGAAGACUGGUGGAAGCUUUACAUGGUGUAAUCUUUACCUGUGGUCUUGAUGAAAAUAUAACAAUUAUGACUACUCUUUUGAACUUGUAUUCAAAGUUAGGAAGAUUGAGUGAUUCUCUUGAGGUAUUUGCAGAGAUACAAAAGCCUGAUAAAGUGACAUGGACUGCAAUGCUUGCUGGCUACGCGAUGCACGGGCGUGGGAAAGAAGCGACUGAGUUCUUCGAAAGAAUUGUAAGGGAAGAAGGCAUGGAGCCUGAUCAUGUAACUUUUACUCAUUUGUUAAGUGCUUGUAGCCAUUCAGGGCUUGUCAAAGAAGGAAAAUACUACUUCCAAGUUAUGUAUGAUGCGUACAAAGUUCAACCAGGAAUGGAUCAUUAUUCGUGUAUGGUUGAUCUUCUCGGUCGUUGUGGUUUACUCAAUGAUGCUCAUGAGUUAAUUAAGAACAUGCCGUUCGAGCCAAAUUCUGGAGUUUGGGGUGCCCUUCUUGGUGCUUGUAGGGUUCAUCGUAACAUUGCUCUAGGGAAGGAAUCUGCGGAAAAUUUGAUUGCAUUAGAUCCUUCAGACCCUAGAAACUAUAUUAUGUUGUCGAAUAUGUAUUCUGCUGCAGGUUUGUGGAGUGAUGCAUCAAAAGUGAGGACUUUAAUGAAGAGUAAUGUUAUUACUAGAAAUCCUGGAUGUAGUUUUAUUGAACAUGGGAAUAAAAUCCACCGUUUUGUUGUCGACGAUUACACUCACCCUGAUUCACAUAGAAUACACAAAAAGUUGGAAGAGGUUAUGAGAAAAAUUCAAGAGGUUGGCUUUGUGCCUGAAACAGAAUCGAUUCUCCAUGAUGUUGAUGAGGAUGUGAAAAUAGAUAUGGUCUCCAAACAUAGUGAGAAGAUUGCUCUUGCAUAUGGACUUUUGGUAUGUAGUGCAGAUAUGCCGCUAGUUAUAAUGAAAAAUCUAAGAAUAUGCCGUGAUUGCCACAACACUGCAAAAUUUGUGUCGAUGGUAGAGAAGCGGACUAUCAUUGUCCGAGAUGCUAAGCGAUUUCACCAGUUCUCAGAUGGGCUAUGUUCUUGUGGUGAUUAUUGGUAG